AUGGCUAGGACUGUAAUUUCCACGCCCCCAAAUUUCAAAAUUCCCGCACCUUCCGCGCGUGCUGCGGAGCGUCCGUUCGAAACGGCCAGUGCUGAACUGUUGACGCACCUGCACUUGUGGCCAGCACCGUUACUGAAAAAUGGGACCGGAUGGACCAGCGCGCCGCCGGAAGCUGCCGCAUUUUCCUGUCCCGAGAAGGCGAGAACCACCAACCCAAUGGGCCGGAGCCUGAGCCCGCUGCUCCGGCAGGAGCUGGAGAACCUGGACAAAGACGCCGACAGCCGCCGGAACGCCAUGAAGACGCUCAAGUCCUACGCCAAGCAGCUCGACUCCAAGUCCAUCCCCCACUUCCUCGCCGAGGUCUCCGACAACAAGCCCCCCGGCCUGCCCUCCGGCGAGUUCACCAUCUCGCUCUACGAGGUGCUCGCCAGGGUCCACGGCCGGAACAUCGUGCCGCAGAUCGGCAACAUCAUGUCCACCAUCACGCGCACGCUGUCCUCGAGCGGCGGCUCCUUCCCCCUGCACCAGGCGUGCUCCAAGGUGGUGCCGGCCAUAGCGCGGUACGGCAUCGACCCCUCGGCGCCCGAGGAGAAGGCGCGCAUCAUCGCCUCCCUCUGCAAGCCCCUCUGCGGCGCGCUCAUGAGCGACCAGGACGGCGCCGCGUCGGGCGCCGCGCUCUGCCUCAAGGCGCUCGUCGAGUCGAGCAACUGGAGGUUUGCGUCCGGUGAGGCCGUCAACGAGGUCUGCCUGAAGGUCGCCGGGGCGAUGCACGACAGGUCGACCCGGUCCAAUGCUCACAUGGGCCUGGCAAUGGCGCUUGUCAAGCACAAUGGCCUGAUUGCAGAGGCGUAUGCGAGGUCCCUUGUGCGGUCUGCCCUGCAGGUCCUUGACGGCGACGCCGCGGAGAGCAGCUCCCAGAAGCGGCUCUCGGCGAUCCAGAUGAUCAAUUUCUUCAUGAAGUUUGUCGACCCCAGGAGCAUAUCCUCGGAGCUUGGCAAGGUGGUGGAUGUCAUGGAGCAAUGCCAGAACGACCGCAUGCCGUUCGUCCGAGGCGCCGCGUUUGAGACCUCACAGACUGCCAAGAACAUUGCUGCGCAGAAGGGGUCGAGGCACGAGGUCACCACCAGCCCGAUGGUAGGCUCCAACUUCCAAAGGAGAAGAGAGAAAAGCCCAUGCAGGAGCCUCUGGAAUGUCAAGGGCAGCAGCCCUGCAAGCUCCACCAUGUCUGCUUCACCGGUUCAGUUCCAGUCCCCUGAAUCACAGGUGGUAGACUCAACCAUCAUGUAUGGCAGUAGCACGCUCACCGAAUCGCCCAUCUCGAUCGGGCAGUCCUCUUGCAAUUUCGAUCAGAGUCGGCGCGCGAACAGGAGGUUAUGGAGCAACGAUGGUGUGGAUGUUUCUCUCAAGGAUGGCUUGUUCAUUAGGUUCUGCUCAAACGGCAAGUGCCUUGAAGAUGACCUGGGGGAGGUUUGUGACAGCGAAGUAACCGAUGCCGAUUUUGAGUGCACUGGUACAUUCACAGGGUUUGUUUCAGCUAGCCCCAACAACACCUUGUCAAGAGAUGAGACCCCCAGUCCGCAGGAAAAAUCAAUUAUGAAGCUGAACUGCUCAUCAUCAUCAUCGUCAUCGUCAUCAUCAUCACCACCAUCAGAUCAGGAACACAAGGAACUAACGGAGUCAUCUGAGGAUAUGCAAUCUGAGCAUUCUGAGAGCAAGACUGAAGAGGGGGACAAAGAGAUUGAAACUGCUGUUGUUAGGCCUAGGGCUAACGGCACCACUGAGAUUGUCUGCAAUGAAGAUAAAUCAGGCCUGUCUAGUACUGAAGUUGCGGAUACAACCCGCGAAGAAUCCUCUGAGGUUGAGUUCAAGGAGCUAGAUGUUUGUGUGAAAAGAAGCAGCGGGAAGACCAGGAAGUAUAAGACAAUAUUCGGUUGUCUUUUGAGCAUGAUCAUGACCGUUGUCGCAAUCAUCGCUGUGUUAAUUAGGAUAGAAGAUAGUUCUGAGGAUUAUGUUGGUCUAGUCCCCACUUGA